AUAAAAACACACCUUCGCAUAGCUGCAUAAAUUCCUUUCUCCGACAUUUUUGCACAAAAUGACUGACCAAAUGUGCAGAAUUUGCCUUCAGUGUGUCGAUUGUCCUUUCAAACUCACCGAUGUCGUUCAGGAAAAGCAAAUUUGGGAAGCUUUGAACAGUAUUGCUGAUGUCUCAAUCUCAGCUGAUGACCUACUACCACAAAGAAUUUGUUCUCCGUGCCACGAAAAACUGGAGCAAGUGUUGAUUUUCCAAACUGAAGUCGAAAAUAGUGACAAAUUGCUUCAUAAAAAUGAUAUUGAAUUGAUAACAGUUGUAAAGUCCGAAAGUGAGUCAGAUGACAUUGAGGACAUGAAAGAACCAAUUUUUGAGCCAACGAUUGUUAUUGAACCUAAAAAUAUCAAAAACGAAGAGGAUCAAAGGACAAUUAAACGUGAAAUUAAGAGUGAAUUUACCGCCCAGAAGAAACGCAAGAAGAAAUUUGACGAAAAAUCGCUAAAAUGUUGCAUGUGUCAAACAACUUUCGAAAAAUCCGAUGAAUUUGAGGCCCAUUUAUCGAUCCAUUCGCUCCAAAUUCAGCUAAACUCCGAACAAAAGUACACGACGAAGCACAAAAAAGAGUGCAAAUACUGCAAACAGAAAUUCCGUCUCGCUCGUUCACUGCAGGAGCAUUUCGAGGUCCCGAAUUUCGUUGAACCGCCCCGAGAUCGUGUCACGGAGUACUUGAACAAGAAAAAACGCGAGUCAUUCCAAGAAAAAGAGCGUCAAGAUAUAAUUUGCUCCUUUUGCGGCAAAAUUUACUCGAACAAAAUGCUGAUGAAGGAACACGAGUUGCGAGUUCAUGCCCAGCACAUGGCUUUUGUGUGUCCCCAUCCAGGAUGCGAACGGAGAUUUGCCUCAAAAACCUUCUUGAACAAGCAUUUUAAGAUUCACGGGGAACGGAAACAUGUUUGUGACAUCUGCGGAAGAGCAUUUUUAGAACCGAAAAUGCUGAUGGCGCAUUCUUAUCGUCAUAAGGAUAUCAAAAGAUAUCAAUGUGCUCAUUGCCCGAGGACUUUUACGUAUCGCGACAUGAUUCGAAGACAUGUAGAAUCGCAUUUCCAUGAGAAAAUCUACAGAUGUGAUCAAUGUGAUAAGACUUACAAGUGGGAUAGUGACUUAAAACGCCAUAUUCAAGGAGCGCAUUUGGGAGAUUUGCCUUUCAAAUGCAAAUUCUGCAACAAGGGAUAUUUUGCAAUGUCAAGUAGAAAAUAUCAUGAAGAUCGUUGCCCGAUGGGAAGAUGACAUUCUACAUGAGACCUUAAAAGACAAUUUUUGUACACUUCUAGUUGAAAUUUUAUUUAAGAAAUA